AUGGCUAGCAGAGUCGAACAAGCCAUGUCAGCAGCGGGCGGAAGGUUGGGCGUAACAAGUAAUUAUGGCCCAUGUCAAGCCAACCGUCAUGGCCCAGGAAAAGCUGCCAUCUGGACGACGGGGCGCCGGGGGAGAAACAUGCGAGUGGAGGGACAGAGGGCAGAGAUCAGCGUCAUUCGCCCCCAGCAGCGGGUCCCGUGUUUUGCCGAAAUGAAGGGCUCGGCGAUACUCGCUGCCCUCCAUGACAGAGACGGGAGAGAGAAGAAACGAUCAGCGAGCGUGUCUAGACUGCAGCCUCUGUGUCGCAUCAUCGCCAUGGCCUCUGCACCCGCCAGCACCAACGCCCUCGCCCUCGCCCUCGCCCUCGCCGCCGCUUCUGUCCAUCUUGGCCAGCUUGGGAGGGAACAGAACUGGGGUUGCCCGUCCCCCCCAAUCCCCCUCCCCUCCCCUUCCCUUGCCUAG